AUGGAAGAGGAGACAACUGGCAAGCUGGAUCUUGUGAUGACCCAGAAGGUCUUCCACCUCUUCUGCACAGACAUGUCCUCUGCAACUUGGAACAUGACUCUCCUGGACGAACUGUGCUUGGGGCUCUCGGAGCAGCUGAAUGACCUGGAGGCCUGUCCCCUGCAGGAGGCAGGGCUGGCCGAGACCCCCCUCAUGCAUGAGGACUCCACCCUGAGGACCUACUUCCAGAGGAUCUCCCUCUACCUGCAAGACAAGAACCACAGCCCGUGUGCCUGGGAGAUGGUCAGAGCAGAAAUCGGGAGAUCCUUCUUCUCCUCGACAAUCUUGCAAGAAAGAAUCAGGAGGAGGAAAUGA